AUGUCGCUCGAUCUCACUAGUACUAGUGGCCGAACCAUCCUUGCCUUCAAGGCUGGUCGUGCUUUUCGACGCGCUGGAACCAACUUCGUGGAUGCCUCCCCCACUAAAGGCGCGAUUGUCUUGACCAAUGAAGACGGCCUCAUACACUUCAUGUGGAAAGACCGAACGACAGGGGAACUCGGCGAGGAUUUAAUAUUAUUUCCUGGCGAUGCUAAAUUGGAAAAGGUCCCACAAAGUAGCUGGGGCAGGACCUAUGUCCUUAAAUUCGAGAGCUCGGACCAAAAGCAUUUCUUCUGGCUACAGGACUCGUCAACACGCCGUGAUGAGGAAUUCGUGACGAAUUUGAACAGAACCCUCGCUGAUCCCAACAUCGUCGCUAUUUGGGACGCCCGCAACAUUCACCCGGCGUCAGAAGCCUCUACAUCCGCUGCUGGUUCAUCCACCUCUCAACCCGACACCACCCCAGCGGGUACCACCCCAGAACAACUCGAGCAACUGCGUGGGAUUGUUAGUUCAAUGACCGGCUUCGCAAGUGAAGAUGAACUUUGGUUGACAGAUGUCCUGUCCUCACAAAAUUUGCUUCCGCUCUUUCAGUCACACUCUGAACUCCUCCCAGCGCUGUUCCCUCAUCUCCCACCUGAACUUAUCCCAUCGUCCGACGCUACACCGCAACAAGCAGUAGAAAUAUUGCAGCGUACGACUAACUCUCCACCUUUCCGCUCGGCUGUGGCACAGCUUGAUCGGGCACUUCGCACGGGCGCCCUUGGCGAAUUUGUGAGGAGCCUUGGUCUUCCUGCGAGUGCUGCGACGGGUGUUGGUGCAUUCCUAGCUGCUAUCGCUGAGCAAGCAGGACAGGAGGGCCGUACUGAAGAGCGGAUGGAAGAGGAUUAG